AUGUCUACUAAAGUAUUGGUUCCAGAGGUUAAAUGGGCGCAGAGAUCUGAUGCCGCGGAUGCGGAGAAGAACUACCUGUUGGUGACGGUCUCGAUAACGGACUGUGAGGAACCACAGUUGACGAUUGAGCCUGGGUUCUUGGAAUUGACCGCGAAGUCGAAGGGCCACGUUGGUGACGAGGCUGUGCACGAGUACAAGUUGCACAUCGACUUCUUCAAAGAGAUCGUCCCAGAUAAGACCCUUAGCAAAGUGGCCAAUGGGCAACAUUACUUCUUGAAGAUAUUCAAGAAGGACAUGCAGGAGGAGUACUGGCCCCGUUUGACAAAGGAGAAGAUCAGAUACCCAUACAUCAAGACUGACUUCGACAAGUGGGUCGAUGAGGAUGAGCAGGACGAGCACAAGGAGGAGAUGCCAGACAUGGACCCAUUCGGCGGUGCCGGCGGUAUGCCAGGCAUGCCAGGUAUGGGUGGUGCUGGUGGUAUGCCAGGUAUGCCCGGCAUGGGCGGUGCUGGUGGUGCCCCAGGUGGCAUGGACAUGGCUCAAAUGCAACAGUUGAUGCAGCAAUUGCAAUCUGCAGGAGGGGAAGGUUCUGAAGGUGCUCCUGGACUGGGAAACAUGGAGGAAUUGAUGAAGAAGUACCAAGCAGAGAGCGGUGAUGACAAAGAAGGUGAAGAAGAAGACGAGGAAGAAGUCGAAGAGAUCAACUGA